AUGACGCCGCCACGCCCCCUUGGCGCGGUGCCAGUCCCAUUCAAACACGCAUGUGGGUCCUGUCACGUGGGAACGGUAGCUGGCGAAAUUGGCACUGAUCCAGUUGAUCGGCUCCAGGCACGGGAAUGUUGCGACGAGGAUGCCGUUCGGCUCCAGAAUUCAUUCUCUUUUGUACAGAUUUUCUCGGGAAGUAGGUCCCAAAUUGGGAAUAUCUUGCUUGGGACCAUGUCCUACUCGAAAAGUAUUAAUUCUAGCCACAGGGCUUAUGGUAGUUUUGGACCAAAUUCUAAGGCAGCAGCACUCUUCGAUGCAGCGUUCUCGAAGCCUUUGCCAAAAAAGCGCCAGUCGCAGAAAUCGUCUGGAAGUACGAAUGACUCGCCAGUGGUGGACUCCCUACCAUCUGUUUCGGAAGGAGAAGCUGUUCAUGGUUCACCUAAGCAAGUCUUUUCUCCUCCGAUAAGUUUGCCAGAAAGUACAUCAACUGAUGGAACUACGGAAAAUGAUCAUGGUUUGUCAAGCAACAGUAGCAGUGAUGAAGAUAGUCAACCGGUUCCGAACGUGGACAGAGCUAGUAAUUCUUCAUCGACAACUUCUCUCGAUAGUGCGCUCAGAGCUACUGCUAUACGCUCAUCCAAGUCUCCUCAGAUGGGCACUGUUCGCACCUCUUCGACGGCUUUUGAUUUCGAGGACAAAGAAGACACACCUCCCCCGUCUGUAAAAAGAAGUAAAAUGUCGCCGCCAUCUUCGUCUUCGUCUAAAUUCGUGCCACCUAAAGAACGCCGUCCAGUUUAUCAACACAAAUGGACAGAAAAUGACGAUGAAGAAAACGAAAGUGGAAAUGAAGAGUUAGGAGACGGUCGACCUCUACCGGGAUCAGCAGCUGCAGCAUCCUCAACGCAGCAGCGUCGUCCUAUCUACAGAAGCAACGAGGGAGCGAGGAUUCAUCGAGUUAAAGAAGCCCACCAAUGUCUGGAAUCAGGAGAACAUGACGACUUUAAACAAGAUAUUGAAUACAUUCUUAGCACCAUGAAAGGAAAUGCGUCGACAAAUAUGAAAUGUCUGAGUGCAUUAUCUCUUGCUCGAAAAUGCGUCUCUCCUGAGUUUCGUCAGUUUGUCCGAAGUGAAGGUGUAGUGUCAAACGUUUUCAAGGGUCUAGCAGAGGCAGCUAAUGACCAGAAUUUGGCUAUUUGUGUUGCUACAGUGGUAUAUUUGAUGUCUCGUGAUUUUCUUUCUUUGCCUGUCGAUCCACACUCGUUGAAGCUGCUUUCACAACUGUUGCGCAUCGAAAAAUUAGAGCAAAAUGAAGAGCAGAAGAAAUACGCUUCAUUGGUGUGGGAAGUGUUCACAAGCUACGUUGAACGUAUGGAGUCUGUCGGGAAGAAGAUUGUUUUCGAGCUCACGAAAGAGCAGUUGACACCAUCUGCGCUUAUUCUCGAAUCAUUAGUUUUCAUUCUCGCCCGAUCAACAGAUGAAAAUGUGAAAACGGAGCUGCUAAAUCUUGGUAUUCUGCAGUACAUUGUGGGCAAAGUGGAAAAGAUUGUGCUGAGACUAAUACAUGACAAGUUAACGGAAUCUGAAAUAAUAAAACAGCUCGUCAUCCUGGAAAGAUGUUUCCGAAUUCUUGAAUCUUGCACAUUGUUCCACAAGAAGAAUCAAGCCUUCCUCAUAUCACAUCGAGGGAGCCUACUUAUCCAAAUGUGUGGAAAAUUGAUGGCAGUCAUUCAUGAUACAAUAAGCAACUGUGCUGUAGGCUCAGAGCUGGCGCGAUCUCACAUAGCUUGUCUGUCCUUAAUGGCACGUGUUCUCAUGAACCUUUCUCAUGAAAACGAACUAUGUUGCACCAAACUUGGUCAAGUGCCGGGCUUCUUGCCGUUAUGUCUGUCGUCGUAUACGUUCCUAGCCCCCAAAUUUGCACCAGAGGAUAAGAAGUUCGAUCUUUACGUGAUGAUGACAUCGUUAUGCGUGAAUUUGGUCGAAAGGUGUAACUCUAAUCGUCGAAAAUUAAUUGAUACAUCAGUGAAAGUGUACUCAGAAACUGGCGAGUCCACCGAACACAAAGCUUUGGAUGCUCUUGCUAUAUUGUUUACCAUCCAUGAAGCAAAGGCACGAAAUAUCGAUGAAGAUUUAGACAAGGAUUUAGCAUUUGAGGAGCCAGCCGACGAAGACAACAAUGACACCGAUGAGGAAACUAGGGACGACGGAAGGUUGGAUAGAGCAAAAUUGAAUGAGAUGAGCGAGAGUGAAAUGCUGCAGGCGGUUCAAAGCGCCAUGAGCAAAGCAUCAGCUCAUAUGGAGGAUAGUGUUGUUGCGUCUUAUGUUGCUCUUCUUAUUGGUUGUCUGCUACAGCAGAAUGAGGGACAUGUGUCUGCCGUUCGAUCACAUUUACAAGAUGGUUCACUGUCUCCUAUGAUUGAUCAGUUGCAGCGUUUCCUUGAUUUUAUGAAGAUUGCGAGCAAGAAAAGUGGCGGAUGUCGAUCGAUUGAGCGUAUUAUCGAUUUGUUAGAUCGUUUAAAUUAA